AUGACCGGACCGGGCCUGGUGACUCCAGGAACUUUUACGAACACGUGCUUCCAUCACGCCAACAAACACCUGCCAACCAGGUACUCGAGCGACGGCCAUACGGCCAGUCAGACCGACCACAUUUUAGUCAGCCCAAGAUUCCACAGCUGGGUUCAUGAUAAUAGGUCGCUGCGUGGAGCUGAGACUGGUAAUAUCUACGGGUCUGACGAUGUUCGCGCUCUUACAUAUUUGCAAGGUUACCUCAUAUCCGCACCCAAAAUACCACGCAAUGGACGUCUUGAUGUCGCCGAAAUUCUGCUACCCAACACUACCGAAGUCCUGGGCAGAGAAAUCCGGUCCUGUUUCAUAAGCCGAGCCGACGCAGAGGAGAGUAGCCAAUGGUCGUCACUGCAAACAUCGGUCUAUAGGGCAGCCGAGAAAAUUCUUGGAUACACCCAGCGACGCCGCAUGUCCUACGACCCGCCAUCUGAAGGAGAAAUCGCUGACGCCAUAAGAAGAUCGCGCAACAAUAAGGCACCUGGAGAAGACGGCACAGGCGACGCAGAUGACGAUUGUGACAAUUCUGAAAAAUUGGCCGUCUCGGACGAGGGAGUUCGUGGCGAUGAGACCGAUGACUCGGCAGUACAUGAUACGGUCUCGGAACAGUCGAUUGACUCGGCAGUUCGGAAUCUGUCACUGAGCGGGAAACGACUUGAGCAAAAGUUGAAGUCUCUGCCGGUUGAGCAGGACGCUGGUGGUAGGAUGAGCGUCCAGAUGCUUGCGUCUGGUGGGAAGGAGCAGAGAUUGUUUGGUGUGACCGAGACUGAGGAGGGCCAUAACGUCGAGGGGCCGGAUUGGAAGGUCCGUUAA